UUAACUAUUUAUCAGUUUCAUCGCAUUUAACAUUUACUUCUACAAUGGAAACGUUUAAUGUUGGAACGAUUCUUUUGCUCUGCUCAAGUUUUAUUCUGCAGUCUUCCGCAAGAAUAACAAUUGUUACUCAGAUUGAACAUUCUUCGCAUAUAAUGAAAUCCCAUUGUGUUACAACUAACGAAAGUCAAACAUUGACCUGGACGACACCAUACGAUGAAUCAUAUUACGAAAAUUGCGAUGAUAAAUAUGAUGAUAGAAUGAUCUUCGUACCAAAUCAUUGGCAACUCGAAUCAAAUCACCAUACGUUCACAGGUCCAAUUCUGGAUCCACGAUGGCAAAUUUUUAAUACAUUUAUGACCAGGAAUAUGAACAAAGAGUCAAUAGACCUUACGCGCCCACUGAAAAUCUACUUUGAAUUCUCAUUUUCCAUAAAAUACCAGGAUGAUGCCGAAAUUUCCUUUUCUUUCAAUCGAACUUUAUUGCAAACUUUAUCGUUUAAGACCGAUGCACUUACCAUAUACUUUUAUAAAGGAUUCAUAGUGAAAAAACAGUUUAUAUUGUCUUUAGAUGGUUGGAAUCACUUUACCAUAAGAUACGAUGCGCAGACUAAGCAAUAUUUGAUGAUACAGAACGGAAACAUUGUAGUGGUCGAAGAUACAAACAAUUUCUUUGCUAUCGAUCAAGUUGAUAUGCAAUCAGAGGAAGGCGCAAUCUGGAAACUGCACUCAUACAAUUAUUACAGAACUAUUUUCAAUUUGUCUGAAACUAUGUUCGUUGAAAUGGUGCGACCUCGAGACGGCAAGUUGUGUUUGUCCGCAUAUUUUUAUUUCGAGCACAAAUUAACAGUCGAGUUGAGACUGGAUUCAAACAUCUACAAACAGCAGACAUUCGAGAAUGAUAAAAUGAGCUGGAAAUUAAUCAAAAUGGAAGCAUCGGUGAAUGGACGUACUGCAAAUCGUUUCUUCACAUUUUGGAUAAAAUAUAGACAUGAAAAAGAUAUUCUUUUCAGUCACCUCAAACUGAAUUCAGAUUGCGAGAGCGGCAUCAACAAAAUCAGCACUGACGUUAAAAUCGAUGAUUUGCAACUAGUUUCUUGCGAAUCUUUAAAUAAUCCAAAUGAAUUAGUUAAAAUGGAUGAAUUUAAUGGGACUAUCGUAGAUAGCGCCUGUUCAGUCGAUGAAUUCGGAUAUGAUUGCAUCAAAUGUAAAUCAGUCUUUGAUACGGAUGUUUGCUUGAAAACGAUGACCUGCGACGAGAUUAACAAAUGCUACUGCCAACCUGGAUUCUACGAAAAAUAUUGCUCCUUUGAUUGCGAAGAAGGAUUUGGAUUUGAGUGCGCUCAGAAAUGUGGAAAAUGCAAGGACAAUGAACGAUGUCAUCAUAUUAACGGUCACUGUUUAAAUGGAUGUGAAAAGUAUUACGUCGAACCAUUCUGCAAUGAGACCGAUUUACCUUACUUAAAGGAAGCACCCCGUGUACACAGCCCCUGUUCUGACUAUUCAUGUGAACUAAUAUUUAAUCCUGAUAUGUACGAAGGACGCAAAAAACCGGAUUCAUAUAACUUUCAAUAUCAAAACACUCAAUGGAUACGCGGAGGGGACCAGCUUAACAUAACAUCAUUUCCUCAAAUUCUAGAUAUUACUUACAAUACAAAUAAUACUAAAUAUAUAGUUAGAUUUGUAUUGUGUGUUAAAGAUGAAUGCAUGGAAGGCAACGAAGUUCCAACAUUGACUUUCAAUACUCCAUGAAAAUUAUAUUGUUCAACACUGUCUCGUAUGCAAUUAUAUAGUGACUAAAUUAUAGAAUAAAUGUAGAAUGAAACAACGAA